AUUCCGAGACCCAUUGCCGGUUUUAUAGCGCACAGAAAUCCCCACUGCGAGGCUCAGACAAUGCCCCGUUUGUUUAGACGUUGUUCCACACUGCGUUCGGUGUGAAUGUGUGCCAUGAAACACAGCUAAAACAUAAUUAGAGACCCGCUGGUGUGAUUUAAACAUUAGCGGAAAGCGAGCGUUUUUUGUCGCCGCUCGCGCUCGGCGAGCGACAGUCAUUCAAAUUAACGGCUCCAACGGAAAACAAAGUACACCGGCGAGAAAAGCGACGGGAGAAGCUUUAAGCUUGCCGAGUGUCAACCCCAAUGUGAAAAUGAGACCAUGAUUCCAGUACUGACUUCGAAAAAAGCCAGUGAACUACCUGUGAACGAGGUUGCCUGUGCACUGCAGGCUGACCUGCAGUUCGGUCUCACCCAGGAGGAGGUUACACGACGUCGCGUCUACCAUGGAUGGAAUGAGUUUGACAUUAGUGAAGAUGAACCACUCUGGAAAAAAUAUCUCUCUCAGUUUAAAGACCCGCUCAUCCUGUUGCUGCUGGCAUCCGCUGUCAUCAGUGUGUUGAUGCGUCAGUUUGAUGAUGCCGUCAGUAUCACCGUGGCCAUUAUUAUAGUUGUUACAGUUGCCUUUGUACAGGAAUACCGCUCAGAAAAAUCCCUGGAGGAGCUGGGGAAACUUGUGCCUCCAGAAUGCCAUUGUGUUCGAGAAGGACGUCUGGAGCACCUUCUGGCACGAGAGCUUGUUCCGGGGGACACCGUCUGUCUGUCAGUCGGAGAGAGAGUCCCAGCCGACCUGCGCCUGUUCGAGGCGAUGGAUCUGUCAGUUGACGAGUCCAGUUUGACAGGAGAGACCACCCCCUCCACCAAGACCUCUUCCCCUCAGCCGGCUGCCACCAAUGGCGAUAUUACAUCCCGCAGUAAUAUUGCCUUUAUGGGUACUCUUGUCCGCUGUGGGAAGGCCAAGGGCAUUGUCAUAGGCACUGGAGAAAAUUCUGAAUUUGGUGAAGUUUUUAAGAUGAUGCAAGCAGAGGAGGCUCCUAAAACCCCAUUACAGAAAAGCAUGGAUUUGCUGGGAAAACAGCUCUCCCUUUAUUCCUUCGGGAUAAUCGGGGUGAUCAUGAUGGUUGGAUGGCUUCAGGGGAAGUACAUUCUAGACAUGUUCACCAUAGGUGUCAGCCUGGCUGUGGCAGCUAUCCCAGAAGGCCUCCCCAUAGUAGUGACGGUGACUUUGGCACUGGGAGUGAUGAGGAUGGUGAAGAAACGGGCAAUCGUUAAGAAACUGCCUAUUGUGGAGACGCUGAGCUGCUGUAAUGUGAUCUGCUCCGAUAAGACAGGCACUCUCACUAAAAAUGAGAUGACAGUCACUCACCUGUUCACCUCUGAUGGACAGCACGCUGAGGUCACUGGCGUUGGGUACAACAAUUCCGGCGAGGUUUUGAUGGAUGGAGAGGUGGUGCAUGGCUUCUCCAACACCUCCAUCAGCAAGAUUGUGGAGGCUGGCAGCGUGUGCAAUGAUGCAGUAAUCAGGAGCAACACCCUGAUGGGCCGUCCUACCGAAGGCGCCCUCAUCGCCCUGGCUAUGAAGAUGGGUUUGGAGGGGCUGCAGCAGGAGUUUGUGCGUCUGGAAGAGAUUCCCUUCUCCUCAGAGCAGAAGUGGAUGGCGGUCCGUGUCGUCCAUCGCACCCAGCAGGACAAACCUGCCAUAUUCUUUGUGAAGGGCGCCUAUGAGCAGGUCAUCCGCUUCUGUACUUCCUACAACAGUAAAGGCGUCACUCUGCCUAUGACCCAUCAGCAGAGAGAACUCUACCAGCAGCAGAAGAGCUACAUGGGCACUGCAGGUCUCAGAGUGCUGGCGUUUGCUUCUGGAUCUGAGAUGGGCGCUCUUACCUUCUUGGGGCUGGUGGGCAUCAUCGACCCUCCCAGAGCGGGAGUGAAAGAGGCAGUGGCGACGCUGAUCGGCUCUGGAGUGGCAGUGAAGAUGAUCACAGGGGAUUCACAAGAGACUGCAGAGUCAAUUGCAGGUCGACUGGGCUUCUAUAGCAAAGGUUCUCAAUCUCUGUCUGGAGAAGAAGUCGACCAGAUGGACAUCCAGCAUCUCUCUCAGCUAGUGCCCAGGAUAGUGGUAUUCUACAGAGCCAGCCCUAGACACAAGUUAAAGAUUGUUAAGUCCUUACAGAACAUCGGUGCUGUUGUCGCAAUGACGGGAGACGGUGUCAAUGAUGCGGUGGCUCUGAAGGCAGCAGACAUCGGUGUGGCAAUGGGUCAGACUGGCACUGAUGUCUGCAAAGAAGCAGCAGACAUGAUCCUGGUAGACGACGACUUUCAAACUAUCUUGUCUGCUAUUGAAGAAGGGAAAGGGAUAUACAACAACAUUAAGAACUUUGUGCGCUUUCAGCUGAGCACGAGUAUUGCUGCCCUCACCCUCAUCUCCCUGGCAACGCUUAUGAACUUCCCCAACCCUCUGAAUGCCAUGCAAAUCCUCUGGAUCAACAUCAUUAUGGAUGGGCCGCCAGCCCAGAGUUUGGGAGUGGAGCCUGUCGAUCGAGACGUGAUCAGGAAACCUCCACGGAACGUUCGAGACAGCAUCAUUACACGCAGUCUGAUAGUGAAAAUCCUAGUAUCGUCCUUCAUCAUUGUUUGCGGCACAUUGUUUGUGUUCUGGAGAGAGCUGCGGGACAAUGAGAUCACCCCACGGGACACCACUAUGACGUUUACCUGUUUUGUGUUCUUCGAUAUGUUCAACGCUCUCAGUUCCCGAUCACAGACACGGAUGGUGCACGAGAUGGGCUUAUGCAGUAACAGGAUGUUCUGCUAUGCUGUUCUGGGCUCCAUCAUGGGCCAACUUCUGGUCAUCUACUUCCCUCCGCUACAGAAGGUCUUUCAAACUGAGAGUCUCAGUAUUUUAGAUCUGCUGUUCCUGGUGGGCCUCACGUCCUCGGUGUGCGUGGUAUCGGAGGUCAUAAAGAAAUUAGAGAGACUCAGAGGUGGAGAAAAGAUGGCAGACACUGAUGAUUUCCAUGACGUAUGACACACAUUGUGUCCCGUUCAGGAGAUGGAGGGUGGGGCUGGGGCACGUAGUUUGGAAUGUUGCUCGGGGCGGUCUCAUACCGUACCAAACUAUCCGAAGUGAUCAGUCGGGUCUGACCCGUAUGUACAGUUCCUUUUUAAGGUCAAGACCAGGAGCUGAUUGUGGAGCAAUGACCUGGUCCUGACUGAAAUGUCAUCUCUGACACGUGCCCUUUCCCGGGGAGAUGCUUUGGUGUGCUGCUUUAUGACUGUACUACUUCCCAUAGCAUCUGGGCGAACUUUAUUUAUGAGAUGCUGUAUCUGUCCAUACAGUGGCUGUACUGAAUUUGAUUUAAGGGAUGUAUUAUGAUUUUUUUAACAUGAUUAUUAUUAAAAGGAUUUUGUGUCUUUUAAAUCUCCUUUUGUUUAAACAUUUCUGGUUAGAGGUUUGUGGAACAAUGUGGAUAAUGCCUUUCUGCAUUCCAGAUUCCAAAUUAUGCUUGAAUAAUCUUUUAUUUUGCAUUAAAUCAUGAGUGGAAGGUCCAGUGUUUUGUGGAACGGACCACUUAAAAUCUCAUGUUUUGGGUCACAAUGACACUCAAGGUGUGAAUUAAGACAUUUGUGAUGUGCUAAAUCGUCACAUAAUGCACUUACAGCAUCAUGGAUGCCAUUUUCAUUUUAUAACACCCUGAAACAGGCACUGUUAAGAUUCUGAUUUAUAGCAAAGGCUUUCUCAUAAUCUGCUCUUUAUAAUGACUUUCUAUUUAAGAUACAGGAUCUCACAAUAUGAAGGUGUUACGAGAUUACGGGAUCCCACUUCAUGAUGGUACAUGCACUAUUAGUUCUUAUAUUAGACUGUUGAUUUAUACAACUGGCUUGUACAAUUACUUACAGUUCCUCUGUAUUUACAUAGUAUCAAUACUAUAUUGUUACUUUCCUUAUGUUAAUACACUGGUAUUAGGGCCAUCUGAAAUAAGAUGCUUUUGCCUUUUCACUUUACUUUGGCUUUUCCUAUAGUGUUAUUUAUUUUCUCACCUGCUUGGUGCUCAGUUAGGUGAACGCUUAGUCCUUUAAAGGUUUAAUGAUGUAGUUGUCGGUUAAAUGGAUGCUCAUGUUGGGUGUACAGAAAUGUUUGACUAAUCAGUCCUGACACUAACACCCCCCCCCCACCCAUGCCGAAAAAACCUCAGUGCAGCCCACCGGCAUUUUAUUAUUCCCAUCUGCCAACACUGUAUCUUGUUAAUAAGGUACAGCUAAUGAUGAUACACUAUAUAUCAGUUUUUGCAGUAUGCGAUCAUGUUUGUCCUUUGUAUUGUGGAUAGUGGUUCUUUAUGAUCACGUUGUCCAUAUUUAUUAAUUGGUGAGAUUCCUUUUCUGCCCAUUCUGUUUUCUGGCAUUGCUGUUGCUUUGAAAACGAACAUUGUAAUACACUGAUAUUAAAAAGUAUAAAAAUGUUAAAAUGAAGGGUGAUAGGUAAAAAGCUUAUUUUUUUAUUUUUUGAUGUUUUUUUUUUCUUCUAUUUUUAAGAUUGUAUUUAUUUUAUUGUGGUUUGCACAGCUGAAACCAGUAACCUGUUGUGGUCAUU